GUGUUGGUGUGCGAGGUGUGAGACUGAACUGCUGUACAAGACCUGCACUCACUUCACACACACUCACUCACACACACACUUAAUAGAAACACGGUUAUUUUCUUUUCUAUGCUGUAUCAGAAACAAUCUUCAUAUGCCUGCAGGACUGUUAAGGAAUACUGUAACCUGGAGUGUAACUCAAGACAGCAGGAAAAGUUGAGCAUAUAAACAUUUACUUAAUAAACACACAAUUCUAGGAAGAGCCUUAGGAGCAUGUGUUAAGAUGGAUAUGAAGGUGUUAUUAAUAUCAGCUCUACUAGGAUUUGUCUCUCAUGUAAGAUCAAAAACAGAUGGCAAUAUAUGUAUUUCUACAAAUGCCAAAACAUGUGGAGAGUGUAUUCAGAUCGGGCCACAGUGUGCGUGGUGCAAAGAUCCGGAUUUCAAACCUUCACGGUGUGAUGACAGAGAUUCUCUGGAAAAGGCAGGCUGCACUCCACUCGGCAUAGAAAACCCUCGAGGAACGGUCACCGUCAACAAGAACAAACCCGUCACGAACCGUAAAGUCGACGGAGGACAGAUUCUGAAUGAGAUCACUCAGAUCCAGCCACAGAAACUCACCCUGAACCUCCGAUCUGGUGAAUCACAGAAGUUUACUCUCAAGUUCAAGAGGGCAGAAGAUUAUCCUAUCGAUCUGUACUUUCUGAUGGAUCUUAGUGACUCCAUGCGAAGUAAUCUUGAAAAUGUCAAAAACCUGGGAACCGAACUUGCCAAGGCGAUGCAGCACAUCACGAAAGACCUGCGGAUAGGGUUUGGUUCAUUCUUGGAGAAACUAGUCAUGCCUUACAUUUUGAUGACACCAAAAUAUCUGAAGAACCCAUGUUUUCCAAAUGAUUGCUCAGCGCCCUUCAGCUACAAAAAUGUUCUGAACUUGACCGACGACGGUGCAUUGUUUUCACAAGAGGUUAGCAAGCAGAAAACUUCUGGAAACCUGGACUCUCCAGAGGCAGGAUUUGAUGCAAUCAUGCAGGCUGCUGUCUGCACGGAAGUGAUCGGCUGGAGGAAUGUGACUCGUCUCCUUGUGUUCUCCACGGAUGCUGGAUUCCAUUUUGCUGGAGAUGGAAAACUGGGUGGCAUUGUUCGUCCAAAUGAUGGGAGAUGCCACCUGGAUAAUAAUAUGUACACCAUGAGCAACUACUUUGACUACCCCUCCAUCUCUCAGCUGGUAGACACACUGAGUGACAACAACAUUCAGACCAUCUUUGCUGUGACACAACAAUUCAGAGAUCUUUAUCAGGAGCUUUCUGCUCUAAUCCCUAAAUCAGCAGUGGGGACACUGUCUACCAAUUCUUCCAAUGUCAUCCAGCUCAUCAUUGAUGCAUAUAAUUCUUUGUCCUCAGAGGUCAUUCUGGAGAACAGCAAGUUACCUGCUGGUGUGUCCAUCUCCUACAUCUCCCACUGCAAGAAUGGAGUGAGCGAGAAAGGAGAAAAUGGGAGAAAGUGCUCCAACAUCUCCAUUGGGGAUGAGGUGGAGUUUGAUAUAGAAAUUACAGCCAAGGGCUGUCCAUCUAAAGAUAAAUCAGAGACUAUAAGGAUCAACCCGCUGGGCUUCAGCGAGAAGGUGGAAAUUGUUCUCAACUUUGUCUGUGAAUGUGAGUGUCGAAAAGACAGAAUCCUAAACAGUCCGGAGUGUAGCGGCGGCCAUGGCACUCUGGAGUGUGGAGUAUGCAGGUGUAAUGAAGGCCGGUUAGGCAGAUUAUGCGAGUGCAGUCAAGAUGAGUUCCUGACAGAUGAUCUGGACGCUAACUGCCGCAUGAAUAAUGGGACGGACAUCUGCAGCAACAAUGGAGAAUGUGUCUGUGGAACGUGUGAGUGCAAGAAAAGAGAAAACCCAGAGGAGAUAUACAGCGGAAAGUUCUGUGAGUGCGACAACUUCAGCUGUGACCGCUCCAACAACAAGCUCUGUGGAGGUCAUGGUCGAUGUGAGUGCAAAAAGUGUAUCUGUGAUGCUAACUAUAAAGGAAGUGCUUGCGAAUGCCCGUUGAACACCUCCACCUGUCUGACCAGUAACGAACUGAUCUGUAACGGACGGGGCAUUUGCGAGUGCGGCGUGUGUAAAUGUACCGACAAAAAUUAUGAGGGUCCAUACUGUGAAAUCUGCCCAACCUGCUCCAGAAUUUGCAAUCAACACAAGGACUGUGUUGAGUGCCUACGAUUUGGCAAGGAACGUACAUGUCAGAAAGAUUGCAAAUCCUUCAAUAUUACAUCAGUGAAGACUAAGGAGGAGCUUUAUUAUCUGAAAAACCAGCCCAUCAAUCAAUGCAAAGAGCGUGACGCUGACGACUGCUGGUUCUACUUUACCUACACUACCAAAAGCGAUGACAGCAUUGACGUCAUUGUGGCUGAGAAAAAGGAAUGUCCCUCUGGCCCUGACAUCAUUCCCAUCGUAGCGGGUGUGGUCGCCGGAAUCGUUCUGAUUGGUUUAGCACUUCUGCUCAUCUGGAAGCUGCUCAUGAUUAUUCAUGACCGCAGAGAGUUCGCCAAGUUCGAGAAAGAGAAGAUGAAUGCCAAAUGGGACACAGGUGACAACCCCAUCUAUAGAAGUGCUGUGACAACUGUGGUGAACCCCAAAUAUGAGGGAAAGUGAUUGCAUCUUCAGGAUGGCUUGCAGCAGUGGACCUCAGCUAGUCUUUGCUUCAUCGUCCGGAUUUUACAUUGGUGACCUGAUACCGUAUCAUAAACUACAUUUAAUUUGGGACAAACUGUGACUUCAGACAAAAACACCUACUUGGAUAUCAACAGCAAUUUUAUCGUCCGUUUCAAAUUUUGACUAUUUAUUUUUUUAGGUUUUUCAUCCAUUAUCCUGUCAAAUGCAUUUUUGGAUCCAAACCUUAGAGUUGAUUAGUUUCCAUGUGCUUAAUUAUAUUGUUUAUAUUUUGUAAUGUUUAUAUGUAAAUAUGAAACUCCUCAUUUCCUAUGAGAUUAUGGUUUCCCAGAGCACAAGAAGUCAAAACAAAAUUUACCAACGAUUAUUAUUUUUUAAUUUACUUUCUAUAAAGCCAAUAAAACAGUCUUUCUGUUAUUCUUAA